AUGGAGCACAAUCAUCACGUUCAACCGGUCCGUCGGCGGCUCGAAUCAGAGCAAGCGGACCCUCCACAGUCAGAAAUUUCAAUGUCAGUGGUCACUGAUGAUACCAGAUUCUUUUCGACUCGAAGGAGACCAACGCUUUAUGCAGUCAAUGAGAAUAAAAACGUUUGGUGCUGCAACAUAAAUGUGGAACCAAUUCUAUUUCUGGUCACCUGCGGUUUUGGACUCAGUGCAACCAAUAGUUCUCUUUUCACCUACUGGGCACGAUGUGUUCAGAUAGCACAGGAACACAAAGAUCUCGCACAUAAUGCUACGUCGACAUGUGCAUCAAUUGCAACCUAUAACGGUACUCUACAAGAUGAUGUGGAAAAGGACAUUGCAAAUACCAAGAUUUAUUUACAAAUAAUGGGAACGAUUCCAACUCUCAUCGUAUCUCCUUUAAUUGGAAAUUGGUCGGAUAGAAACGGAAGAAAACCACCUCUUCUUUUCUCUCUUUCCGGCCUGGUGCUGAAUAACUUCCUUACAUUAUCUGCCACUUUGACCUAUGAAUCGAUCAACGUCUAUUAUUGGUUUUUCCUAUCAGAGCUAAUUCAAGGACUUUUCGGAGGCGGAGCUACCACCUUUGCAACCUUGUUGGCAAUUGUAACAGACGAUUGCAGACACAAAUUGAAACCAGGUUCUUCUACAGUACCAUUUCGUGUUGGAUUAUCUUCAUUCAUCCAGUCAAUAGGCAUGCUCAGCGGAACUCUAAUCGUUUCAAUUCUAGCAGUUCCUGCUAUAAUAUCAGUGGAGAGACAUGCAUUGAGUUAUGUGAAGUGUGCAUUCAUUCAAACUGGACUAUCGUUGAUAGCGUUGAUCUAUGGAAUAUUCUUCGUUCGCGAAACUCAUUUCCCGAAGCGAGAAGAUUUCAGUUAUAAUCAAUUUAAUGAUAAUGAAGAGACCGAAGAAGAAGAGUUACCUCCAAAACCAACUGGUAUUCGACAGUUCACAGUAUACCUAGAGUCAGUUUUUGGAGUACUGACGGUUCGAAGACCUGGGUGGACCCGAUUAUGUCUCUGUGUCUCGUUGGCAUUUGUGUUUAUCGAAUUCCUUUCAUUCGACCCAGCUCUCUUACUGCUCCUUGUAAAGCGUCUUCCUUUUGCUUGGAAUGACAAAAUGUUCAGUUAUUUCACAGUGAGCCGUCAACUGGUCAGUACAUUAGGAAUGGUUCUCUGCCCACUCCUACUCACAUUUUCUCAUUGGCUCGGAAAGGAUUCUCUAUUGAUUAUUGCUGCAUUAGCAUCGUCUGCAGCAACUUCGUUCUUGACUGCAUUCGCCACGAAAACAGGGCACAUUUUCUACACAUGUGCAUUUGGUCUGAUCAUGGGAGGAAUGCAGCCGGCCUAUCGAUCAUUCCUUCCCAGAAUGGUUGCAAAAGAAGAAACGGCUCGUCUUUUGACAGUUGUUUCUAUAAUUAUUUCAUUUUCUCCGAUUCUCUCAUCAUUGAUCUUCAACAACAUUUUCAAUAUGAGUCUCACUUGGUGGGCCGGCUUUGCAUUUUUCGUUUCCGGAUGUUUCCAGACGACGGUUUUUAUUGGACAAAUAGUCAUCCACAUUCUGAUGCGACCUCAAUGGAAACUUGACAAGCAACUCCGCGAACGUCGUCUGGAUGAAUCUGAUUCCCGCGACGAUGCAGAUUUCCGCCCGUUACCUGAUGCGGAGCAACGGAGCAUCUCCAACACAGCAGUGGAUUCAGAUAGUGGAUCACGACGGGAAAUUUGA